UUCUUCUAAAUCCUAAAAAUUGACUACUUUUCCAAUUACUGGUCCUUUGGCCAAUGUGCGUGGUAGACUUAACUCUGUCUUGCUCCGAUUUCUCCAAUGGGAACGCGGGUUAACGAUUGACAGAAUAUUUAGCCAGUGGCCCUGUGAGUCCCUCCCAUCUCCCAUUCCCCGAAGGGUGACUCAUCCGACGGAGAUGGCGAUCGAGGCCUGACUCUCCUUCACCCAGACGAGGGACCAAUGGGGUGAUGGGGGCGGGACUCGGGGGAGGAGAUUGUUUACGUCUCGCUCGGGAGGGGAAAGUAGGUCAGAGCGCGGGGCUGGAUCGGAGCGCGGCGGUGGCGGCGCCUGAGAUCUUCUCCACCAUGGCCCGACGCACCCGCAGCAGCCGGGCCUGGCAUUUUGUUCUGAGCGGGGCCCGCCGGGAGGCAGAUGCCCGAGCUGUGGCUUUGGCCUCUGGCACCACCAACUGGGGCUAUGAUUCUGAUGGACAGCAUAGUGAUUCGGAUUCAGAGGCAGAAUUCCCCUCCCUGCCGCCUUCCAUCCCAAGUGCCGUGCCUGUGACUGGAGAAUCCUACUGCGACUGUGAGAGCCAAAGUGAAACUCCGUAUUGUGCCAGUCUCCACACCAGCCAUCGAAGCAGGGACUGCCAGUGUGGGGAGGAAGAUGACUAUUUUGACUGGGUGUGGGAUGAUCUGAACAAAUCGACAGCCACUCUGCUAAGUUGUGACAACCGCAAAGUCAAUUUCCACAUGGAGUAUAGUUGUGGCACUGCAGCCAUUCGGGGGAACAAGGAGCUAUGUGAAGGCCAGCAUUUUUGGGAGAUCAAGAUGACUUCUCCAGUCUAUGGCACUGAUAUGAUGGUUGGUAUUGGGACAUCAGAUGUAAAUCUGGACAAGUAUCGCCACACAUUCUGUAGCUUGCUGGGCAAGGAUGAAGACAGCUGGGGCCUCUCCUAUACAGGACUUCUCCAUCACAAGGGUGACAAGAUGAGCUUCUCAUCACGGUUUGGCCAGGGCUCCAUCAUCGGGGUUCACCUAGACACUUGGCAUGGGACACUGACCUUCUUCAAAAACAGGAAAUGCAUAGGAGUUGCUGCCACCAAACUGCAGAACAAGAAAUUCUACCCCAUGGUCUGCUCCACUGCCGCCAAAAGCAGCAUGAAGGUGAUCCGCUCCUGUGCCAGCCUCACUUCUCUGCAGUAUCUGUGUUGCUACCGCCUGCGCCAAUUGCUGCCUGACUCUGGGGACACACUGGAAGGAUUGCCUCUGCCACCUGGCCUCAAGCAGGUGCUGCACAACAAACUGGGCUGGGUCCUGAGCAUGAACUGUAGUCCCCUGCCAUCGCCAUCACCUAAGGUGGCAGCAUGCUCGGGGAGCCCUGAGGCCAAGCCAUGCCAGAGGAAGAGGUGUCGACGGACUUAACUUAUUUUCCAAUGAAAACUGCCAUGUUGGGCUUGGGGUGGCUUCUCUUUCUUUUCCCUUUCCUCCAGGCACUCUUGGGACAACAGGGAAGGUUGGGAGGGGAGGUUGCCCAUUCCCACUCUUGGGGCCAGCUCCACUGGUUUGAAUUUGCCAAGAUAGUCCCUUCAUUCAGGAACUAGUUUAGAUCACGGUACCUGCUCCUCACCUGGACUGGAAGACUGUGCCAUGAACCCCAAGAGCAUCAGCUUGGAAAUAGAUGAUCACAGUAAGGCUCCUUGAGCCCUUAUUCUGGACUUAGCCCAAGGGUCACUCCAGGUCCUCUUUAGGGUGGUGGAGAUUGCGCUACUGCCUCCCUCUGGGGGACAGCUUAUGAUCACUCCUACCCUGAGGGAAGGUUGGAUAAUGCUGCAGCCCAGCCUCAGCUGAGAGGGGCUAGGAGAAAAGUCUGGUUAAUAUUAAGAUGUGUCUUUGUUCCCUCCUCUAUCCCUUGGGGCUUCAGAUCUAGGAUUUUUUUUUAAACCUGCCUUGCAUGUUGUCAGCUUCUGCUCCUGUAUCAGAUUGUAUCAAAUCACUGUAAUAAAGUCAAAAUAGUUUAUAUUGAA